AUGAAAUCCAAACCGGACAAGGAAGCCUGGGUCGCGAGCCUGACCGAGACCAUACCGCUUACGGCCCUCGAUUACACAGCGCCUCAAAACUACAUCAUGAGGUGCUUCAUCUUCCCCUUCCCCGGCGCUCCGGACUCCGAGCGAGAAGUCGCUGUGGCUUAUCUGCGAGGGAAACUCGCCCGCGUUCUGUCGUAUCUACCCUUCCUCGCCGGCCAGAUCAUCCAUACCAGGGAGGGCGAGCUACCGCGGUUGGUGUACCCAGGCAACGGCACCCCUUCUAACUUGGAACUCUUCCCGGAUGAGGUAUUCGACCAUCAGAUUAUCAACCGUUCCGAGUUUCCCUGGUCUUUCGACGACCUCUCGGCCCUCGGC